AUGGCCUGCUCGAGUGAGAUCCAAGCAGCGUUUAUUCUCUCUUCCUUUGUGACCUUCUUCCUUGGACUCCUCAUCUUACUCACUUUCAGACUAAUCUGGAGAAGCAUUAAAAAAUGGCAAAACAUCAAGGGAACAGGAAUUCUCUUGGAACUACUCUUGACAAAGAGCAUCGGUGAUAGACAUUUAAAAAGUCUCCACUUCCAAGGAGCAUUUCGUAAUCGUAUAGAAAUGCUGCUUUCAGCACAGACCUUUGUGGGGCAAGUGUUGGUGAUCCUUGUAUUUGUACUAAGCAUUGGGUCUCUUAUAAUCUAUUUCAUCAACUCUUCUGACCCUGUUGGAAGCUGUUCUUCAUAUGAAGACAAAACCAUCCCUAUUGAUUUGACUUUCAAUAUGUUCUUUAGUUUCUAUUUUGGGUUGAGAUUUGUGGCAGCUGAUGACAAGAUCAAGUUCUGGGUGGAGAUGAAUUCCAUUGUAGACAUCUUUACCAUUCCACCAACCUUUAUUUCUUAUUAUUUGAAGAGUAAUUGGCUAGGUUUACGGUUCUUACGAGCUUUGCGCCUACUAGAACUCCCUCAAAUCCUGCAAAUUCUCCAAGCCAUCAGAACCAGCAAUGCAGUGAAGUUUUCCAAACUGUUAUCAAUAGUGCUCAGUACCUGGUUCACAGCUGCAGGAUUCAUUCACCUGGUGGAAAAUUCUGGUGAUCCCUGGCUCAAAGGUAGAAAUUCACAGAAUAUAUCAUAUUUUGAGUCUAUUUACCUGGUCAUGGCAACAACGUCAACUGUUGGCUUUGGAGAUGUGGUAGCCAAGACAUCCCUAGGACGGACCUUCAUCAUGUUUUUCACUCUGGGGAGUUUGAUCCUAUUUGCGAAUUAUGUCCCUGAAAUGGUGGAACUUUUUGCUAACAAGAGGAAAUAUACCAGUUCCUAUGAAGUAGUCAAAGGGAAAAAGUUCAUCGUGGUCUGUGGAAACAUUACAGUUGACAGUGUGACUGCUUUCCUGAGGAAUUUUCUCCGCCAUAAGUCAGGGCAAAUCAAUAUCGAGAUUGUUUUUCUGGGAGAGGUCCCUCCUUCCUUGGAAUUAGAAACCAUAUUUAAGUGCAACAUGGCCUUUACAACUUUUAUUUCUGGAUCUGCUCUUAAGUGGGAUGAUCUGAGGCGGGUUGCGGUGGAAUCUGCAGAAGCAUGCCUGAUUAUAGCCAACCCUUUGUGCAGUGAUUCGCAAGCUGAAGACACUUCAAACAUUAUGAGGGUUCUCUCUAUCAAGAACUAUUACCCUAAUACCAGAGUCAUCAUACAGAUACUUCAAUCCCAUAACAAGGUUUUUCUGCCAAAGAUCCCCAGUUGGAACUGGAAUACGGGAGACAACAUCAUCUGCUUUGCUGAGUUGAAGCUUGGCUUCAUCGCCCAAGGCUGUCUGGUGCCAGGCUUGUGCACCUUUCUGACGUCUCUAUUUGUUGAACAAAACAAAAAGGUUUCUCCUAAACAGCCCUGGCAAAAAUAUUUCAUUAAUGGCCUGAAGAACAAAAUCCUGACUCAACGUCUCUCUGAUGACUUUGCUGGAAUGAGUUUUCCUGAAGUUUCCCGGCUUUGCUUUGUGAAGUUGGGACUCAUGCUGAUAGCCAUCGAACACAAAUCCAUCUUUCAUGGUUACUGUGGUCUGGUACUAAACCCGCCCGCACAAGUUAGGCUGCGUAGGAACACACUAGGGUUCUUUAUUGCUGAAUCUACAAAGGAAGUCAUAAGAGCCUCCUUUUACUGUGCCACCUGUCACAGUGGUAUCUUUACUCCUGAGCUGAUUGGAAAAUGUAGCUGCAAAGCCAAGAUCCAUCGACACUUCCCAGUGGUCCCUGCUGUUAAAUUUUUUAAAAAAUGCCUUGAUGGGCUCACCAGUAGACUGGACAAAACAGAAGAGAGAACAAAGUUGACAUUGGGAACAAUAUCAAUAGUCAAUUAAAAAACAAGGACUUUUCUGUAUGAAACAGAACAAGAUUCUGACCAGCUCGAUAGCAGCGGCAUGUUUCACUGGUGCAAAGCAAUCCCUCUGGACAGUGUGAUUCUGAAACGAAUGGACAAGUCAAAACAUGAGUUUCGGAACCAUGUAGUAGCAUGCGUCUUUGGAGAUGCGACCUCAACACUGAUGGGGCUUCGGAAUUUUGUAAUGCCCCUGAGAGCGAGCAACUAUACACGGCCAGAGUUGAAGGACAUUGUGUUCAUUGGGUCUCUGGAUUACCUGAAGAGAGAAUGGCUAUUUCUGCAGAAUUUUCCCCGGAUAUACAUUCUACCUGGAUCUGCACUCUUUCCUGAAGACCUCCGUGCAGCCAACAUAGAGGAAUGUUGCAUGUGUGCUGUUUUAUCCUCCUCAUCCAAGGCAUCAAGCAACCCAGCUUUGGUAGACACAGAGACCAUCAUGGCCACACUCAACAUCGGAUCACUGAGGAUUAGCUGCUCUUCAGAAACCAGUUGUAGUGUCUCCAGAAGCACUGGUGGAUACUCCAGAUUUUCUGAGAAAACAAAAUGCCGAAGAAUCCCCAUCCUCACCGAACUGAAAAAUCCUUCUAAUAUUCACUAUAUUGAACAGCUGAGUGGCCUGGAUGAAACUGUCUCAGGAACAAACCUGCAUCUCAGCACAUCCUUUUCCACGGGCGCUGUCUUUUCUGGCAACUUCUUGGAUUCCCUCCUGGCCACAGCCUUCUACAAUUAUCAUGUCCUGGAAUUACUUCAGAUGCUGGUGACAGGAGGGAUAAGUUCUCAGCUGGAACAACAUUUGGAUAAGAGUACCUGUGGGCUGACCCACAGCUGCACUUCAGUUAUGCCUGGAAGAACACGGUGUAAGCUGGGUCUUCUGUCCUUAAAUGAAACCAUUUUGUCAGACAUUCAACCAAGAAACACAUUUGGCCAAGUGUUCUGUGGCUCGUUAGAUAAUUUUGGAAUCCUGUGCCUUGGUUUAUACCGCAUGAUAGAUGAGGAGGAGAACAAGCCGGAACAAAAAAGGGAAGUAUGCUUGCUUGGAGAGUUUGUGAUCACCCGGCCAGCCAACGAUUUUAAGCUCCUGACCUCGGAUCUUGUGUUUUGUGCCAUCCCUUUCAGCACUUCUUAUUACAAAUUGGAUACUUCAUCUCAGAGUCUAUAUGAAAUGAUAAAUAUGGUGCCAGCCUCAGAGAAGCCUACAAACAUAAGUCAUUCUUCUACCGUUGACCCCGUCAACUGGACUACAACACAACCUCUGACUACAUCCGUUCAUUAUUUGGGGCCAAAAACUAUUUCUGUUAGUGAUUCUAAGCAAGCGGUAUGGACUCAGAGCAGUAAACUAUCACCCAGAGACAUUUAG